UCUCUAGUUUGAAUAUGAUAUUCUUGGGUGUGCACUUUUGUAGUUUAUCAUGUUUAGUGUUCUCUGAGCUUCCUGGAUGUGCAGUUUGCCAGCUAUCAUUAACUUUAGGAUAUUUUGAUGAUUAUUACUUCACUUGUUUCCUCACUACUUUCUGUCUUUUUUUUCUUCAAGUGUCCCCAUUAUGUGUAGUUUAAGUCUUCUGGUAAAGAGAAUUGACCUCAUGGAUAUUGUGUUCUGUCUUUUUUGUUCUUUUUGUCUGAUAAUGAUAAUAUUUGUUCCAUUGUAUGGCAUUUAUGUCAUUUCCCAACAUGCUCUUGACUCUGCCAUUACAGAGAAAUAUGAUGAAAUGUGAUCACAGUAAAAAUGUGUAAAUAAUUUUCAUUUGUUCAUGAUGCUGUUAAAUUGAUGAGGAAGUGUGUACAGAAAAACAGACUCAGUGGCCAUUGAGGAUGUGGCUGUGAACUUCACCCCAGAGGAGUGGGCUUUACUGGAUCCUUCACAGAAGAAACUCUACAGAGAUGUGAUGUGGGAAACCUUCAGGAACUUGGCCUCAAUAGGAAAAACAUGGGAACAUCAUGACAUUGAAGAUCAGUACAAAAACCAGGAGAGAAAACUAAGAAGUUGUAUGGUAGAGAGACUCUGUGAAAGUGAAGAGGGUAGUCAAUGUGGAGAAAACGUCAUCCACAUUCCAAAUCUCAAUCUGAACAAGAAAACUACUGCAAAACCAUGUAAGUGCAGUUUAUGUGGAAAAGUCUUCAAGCAUCAUUUAUCACUUAAUAGGCACGUUAGAUGUCACACUGAACACAAAUCAUAUGACUAUCAAAAAUAUGGAGAGAAGCCAUAUAAAUGUAAGGAAUGUGGGAAAGCCUUCCGUUUUCCCAGUUUUCUUCAAAGACAUGAAAGAACUCAUACUGGAGAGAAACCCUUUGAAUGUAAAAAAUGUGGUAAACCACUCAGUUCUUCCAGGUCUCUUCAAAUACAUGAAAGAACUCAUACUGGGGAGAAACCCUAUGAAUGUAAAAAAUGCAAUAAAGCAUUCACUACUUGCAGUUCUCUUCGAAAGCAUGAAAGAAUUCAUACAGGAGAGAAACCCUAUGAAUGUAAGGAAUGUGGGAAAGCCUUUACAGACCCCUCAAGUCUUCGAUCACACAUGAUCUGUCACACUGGAGAUGGACCUUAUAAAUGUAAGGAAUGUGAGAAAGCAUUUAUUUCUCCCAGUGCCUUUCGAGUACAUGAAAGGAGUCACACUGGAGAGAAACCAUAUGAUUGUAAAAAUUGUGGUAAAGCAUUCAGUGAUCCCAGAACUUUUCGAAUACAUGAAAGACGUCACACUGGAAAGAGACCUUAUAAAUGUAAGGACUGUGGGAAAGCCUUUAUUGCUCUCAAAAACCUUCGAGUACACAUGAUCACUCACACUGGAGAUGGACCUUAUAAGUGUAAGGAAUGUGGGAAAGCCUUUAUUGCUCCCAGUUCAUUCCGAAUACAUGAAAGGAGUCACACUGGAGAGAAACCCUAUGAAUGUAAGGACUGUGGCAAAGCCUUUAUUGCUCUCACAAGCCUUCGAGUACACAUGAUCACGCACACUGGAGAUGGACCUUAUAAAUGUAAGGAAUGUGGGAAAGCCUUUAUUGCUCCCAGUGCUGUUCGAGUACAUGAAAGGAUUCACACUGGAGAGAAACCCUAUGAAUGUAAGGAAUGUGUGAAAGCCUUCAGUUCAUAUGCUAACUUAAAAAACCACAAAAGAACUCACACAGGACGGACACCCUUUGUAUGUAAGGAAUGUGGUGAGUCUUUUAUUUCUCUUCAAGUUUUCCAAAUACAUGAAAGAAAUCACAGUAGAGAGAAAUUCUAUGAGUGUAAAAAGUGCAAUAAAGCACUGACUUCUUCCAGUUCUCUUCGAAGACAUGAAAGAAAUCAUGCUAGAGAGAAACCCUAUGAAUGUCAAAAAUGCAGUAAAGCAUUCUGUUAUCCCAGUUCUCUUCGAAAACAUGAAAGAAGUCACACUGGAGAGAAACCCUAUGGAUGUAAGGAAUGUGGGAAAGCCUUUGUAACUCCCUUUAGCCUUCGAGCACACAUGAUCACUCACACUGGAGAUGGACCUUAUAAAUGUACGGAAUGUGAGAAAGCAUUUAUUUCUCCCAGUGCCGUUCGAGUACAUGAAAGGAGCCACACUGGAGAGAAACCCUAUGAAUGUAAAGAAUGCAAGAAAGCAUUCACUUCUUCCACUUCUCUUCAAGUACAUGAAAGAACUCAUACGGGAGAGAAACCCUAUGAAUGUAAAGAAUGCAGUAAAGCAUUCAGUUGUACCAGGUCUUUUCGAGUACAUGAAAGAUUUCAUACUGGAGAGAAACCCUAUGAAUGUAAAAAAUGCACUAAAGCAUUCACUACUUCUAGUUCUCUUCGAGUACAUGAAAGAGUUCAUACAUGAGAGAAACACUAUGAAUGUAAGGAAUGUGGGAAAGCCUUUAUGGAUCCCUCAAACCUUUGAUCACACAUGAUGAUUUUCAUGGAAGAUAGACCUUAUAAAUGUAAGGAAUGUGAGAAACCAUUCAUUUAUCUCAGAUUGCUUCAAAGACAUGAAAGAAGUCACACUGGGGAGAAACCUUAUGAAUGUAAAGAAUGUGGAAAAGCCUUCAGUUCUCAUCAAAGUUUCCAAAUACAGAUAUCAUACUGGAGAAAAACUGUAUGAAUGUGAAAAAUGUAGUAAAGCAUUUAGUUUUUCCAGUUUUUUUGAAGACAUGAAAGAAUAUGUUGGAGAGAAACCCUGUGAAUGACAGGAAAGUGGGAAAGCCUUUAUUUCUCAUGCAAACUUUUGAGGAUAUGGGAGACUGCACACUAGAGGAAAAACCAUAUAAAUAUAAUGAAUGUGGGGAAAGCCUUUUGUCAGCCCAGUUCUCUCUGAAGGCAUGAAAGGCCUUGAUAAAAACCUCUUGAAUGUAAAUAGUGUGGGAAGGACUUCAAUUGGCCUACAUCCUUCUGUGUGAAACUCCCACCAAAAAGAAAUAUAAAUAUAAGUCAUAUGAGAACGUUGAUGGAAAUUUACUUGUGUAUGAUCUAGAAAACUGUCAACAUGAAAGAGUUGUAAAACUUAUAAAUAUAUUGUGUUUACCAAGCUUUUUCCUUAAAGUACAACAUUGGCUUGUGGAUUUCUAUUAAUAACUUUGAGAAAAGAAUAUUGAGGUGAGAUAAUUCUGCAAGUCAUCUUUCAUCAAUUGUACAUAAGAUUAUAAGGUAGUGCUUUUUCCUUAAAUCAGUUAAUAAUAUUUUCUCUAAUUCUUUUUAUAAAAAUGUUUUCAUUGUUCUGUGUUAAGGGGCCAUUGAAAAAUGACCGUUUGUAUUUGUUGAGAUUUUCUUACUGGCUUUAUAUUGCAGUUCCUGGAUAUGCCUAAUCCAUUGUGUAUUGUUCGUUUCUUAGAGAAAGCUUUUUUGGGGUGAUUGGUACGGGAGCCUGUUUUUAUUUUCCAUACUAUUAAACAGUUGGAAUAAAUUUUUAUGUAUGGGAAGUUUAUCAAA